AUGACGGUUCUUCAACAGCUCAGUCACCUUAGACAAUACGAAAGCAAGAUGGCAGAAAUGUACUAUGCGCUUGAUAUUCCAGGAGUGUACCUCAGGACCGAUUUCGCACAGAGCCAGGUACGCAUAGCAGUUUUGCAAGAGGACUCUGCAGACACCGGAGGAGCCCCCUUGUACGUGGUCUGGGACUCUCUAUGGGAGUUCCCUGGUAAAGUUGAUCAUGAGGCAGUGGACUUGUCGGGCACAGAUGGCCUACGCGUACACAACCUCCUGGUCAUCGAAGAGGAACUCUAUGUGGGCGUAACGAUCUUGAGUCAGCCACCGGGAAAAGAGGAACGCCGUUUGCAUGUCUACCCGAUGGGCGACUUUUACGGGAGGGUUCUCAACUAUACCAAGGACAACGAUGCCUUCCACAAUCCCAAGCUUCGAUACAGGAUGAUACCUUGGCAGCUUUUUACGCCCAUGGUAGAGGCUCCAGAGGAGGACGAGGAGGAGGACGAGGAGGAUGAGGAGGAGGCUGAAGAGGCUGAAGAGGCUGAAGAGGCUGAGGAGGCUGAAGCAGAGUCCAGUGAAGAGGAAGACGACGAGAUCGAGACCACAAAGGUAUGCGUCCGUCGGCACGGCACAAAAUCAUACUACCUCAUCAUCAAAGAGGGCAAGCUCUUCCCCGUCCGCUUCAACCACGCACCAGACUGGAAUCGCAUGCUGGAAAAGAAGCCCAAAGUCUCCGGUAAGCCGUUCAGGUUCAGCAACCAAUCCAGCGUUGAGGUCUCCCAGUUUCCCAAGGGCUACGCCAUCCACAUGGUCAACUGUGGUCUCAAAUCCAAGAAGAAGAAGGCGAAUACUGCAGUCGGAGACCCAAAACGAGAGGCGGUGGAUGACAAUACUUUCUACCUCCUGCACCCAGCGACGAACACUCUUACCCACCGCGAUUACAGAAUGUUCACGAACAGGCAGGGUAACACGGUCGUAGAGGGGAAGAACUACCCACAGUGGCACGCCGGCAUUGCGCAGCACAAUGCGAAUGUGUUGGAGAAGUUCCUCGAUGAGUUGAAGGCCUGGUGA